AUGGUCCACCUCGCAACCAUCAAGAGAGACGCGGACUUUGAGCCCAUCACCAAGCGCGUCGAUUCUAUUCAGCUUGAGGAAACCGAGGAUGAGUUCUCUACUACCGUCUACGGCACGCGCUUUGCUACUCAGCAGCUGCCACACACGGAGAUGCCUGAGCGCGAGAUGCCCCGUGAUGUGGCGUACCGUAUGAUCAAGGAUGAUUUGAGCUUGGAUGGAAACCCGAUGCUGAACUUGGCGAGUUUCGUCACGACCUACAUGGAAGAUGAAGCUGAAAAGCUCAUGACCGGAUCGUUCAGCAAGAACUUCAUCGAUUACGAAGAGUACCCCCAGUCCGCUGAGAUCCAGAACAGAUGCGUCAACAUGAUUGCUCGGUUGUUCAACGCUCCUACAGACAGCGAGAAUGACCACCCCAUGGGUACCUCCACGGUUGGUUCCUCCGAGGCAAUCAUGUUGGGUACUUUGGCGAUGAAGAAACGGUGGUCGAACAAGCGCAAGGCUGAGGGGAAGGACUUCUCCCGACCUAACAUUGUCAUGAACAGUGCUGUGCAGGUCUGCUGGGAGAAGGCUGCCCGCUAUUUCGAUGUUGAAGAGCGUUUUGUCUACUGUACGGAAGACCGCUACGUGAUUGACCCUCAGCAGGCUGUGGAUCUUGUUGAUGAGAACACCAUCGGUAUCUGCGCCAUCCUGGGCACAACCUACACCGGUGAGUACGAGGACGUCAAGGCAAUCAACGAUCUCCUCGUUGAGCGCAACAUCGACUGCCCCAUACACGUUGACGCCGCGAGUGGUGGCUUCGUCGCCCCCUUCAUCCACCCUAGCUUGGAAUGGGAUUUCCGUCUGGAGAAGGUCGUUUCGAUCAAUGCAUCCGGCCACAAGUACGGCCUGGUCUACCCCGGUGUCGGAUGGAUCGUCUGGCGGGCCCCCGAGUACCUCCCCAAGGAACUGAUCUUCAACAUCAACUACCUCGGCGCGGAGCAAGCCAGCUUCACGCUGAACUUCUCCAAGGGCGCCUCCCAUGUCAUCGGCCAGUACUACCAGAUGAUCCGCCUGGGCAAGCGCGGAUACCGCUCGGUGAUGGUCAACAUCACCCGGAUUGCGGACUAUCUUGCGGACCAGCUCGAGAAACUAGGCUUCAUUAUUAUGAGCCAGCGCCGCGGUCGGGGACUGCCCCUCGUUGCGUUCCGGCUCCGUGAGGACCGCGAGGAGCACUUUGAUGAGUUUGCGCUGGCACACCAGCUGCGCGAGCGAGGCUGGAUUGUGCCGGCUUACACGAUGGCGCCGAACAGCAACUCGCUGAAGCUGAUGCGUGUGGUGGUUCGGGAGGACUUCACUAUGAGCCGCUGCGAUACGCUUCUGAACGAUGUCAAGCUUGCACUGAAGAGCUUGAGUGAUAUGGACAAGGCGAUGCUGGAUAAGUAUACCCUGCAUGUGCGCACACACACAACCAAGUCGCACCAGGCGAAGCACACGCACCCGCACUAUAAGCAGGAGACGCAUUCGCUGCAGGGCAAGACGGGCAAGACGCACGGAGUUUGUUAG